UCACAGCAAACGAACGGAGAUCGAUCCACCUGGAAGAAGAUGAUUCUGAUUACCUUGGCCUUGGGCCUCACUGUGGCCGGUCUUCUCUACCUUUCCAUGAUCUGGAACUUUAGCUAUUGGAGAAAUCGUCGAGUGCCGGGUCCCAAGCCCAAGAUCUUUACCGGGAACUAUCCCAACCUGUACACAAUGAAGAGGAAUAUGAUUUACGAUCUCAACGAUAUAUAUAAGGAAUAUAAAAACAAAUACGAUGCGGUGGGCAUUUUUAGUGGACGUGUGCCUCAACUCUUAGUAGUUAGUCCAGAGCUGGCUCAUCAUGUUUUUGUGACAAAUUUCAAGAACUUCCACGAAAACGCUUUAUCCAGGCUGACCGAUGAAAAAACUGACUUCCUUAUUUCAAAUAAUCCUUUCUCUCUUAAUGACGAUAAGUGGAAACAACGAAGGGCUGAUAUUUCCCCUGGUCUGACCAGCGUACGGAUAAAGUCAGUCUAUCCAGUGACGAACAAGGUGUGCCAACAAAUGAGUGAGUGGCUGAAAAAUCAAAUACGUUUGGGAUCUCCCGAGGGUAUUAACGCAAAGGAUUUAACCCUCCGCUUCACCUCCGAAAUGGUCACCGAUUGCGUUUUGGGUCUUAGCUCGGAAAGUUUCUCGGAGAAACCGACGCCUGUUAUGGCCCACGUUAAGGACCUAUUGAAUCCCCACUGGAGCUUCAUGGUUCUCUUCGCACUGGUCAACACUUUUCCCUCUCUGAGCCAUCUGAUCAAACUUCGUUUUAUACCUCGCCAUGUGGAGGAAUUCUUCACCGGAUUAAUGGGCACAGCGGUGCGAUCCCGAAAAGCACAACUGGCAACAGGUGAUUUCCAUCGUGCCGACUUCCUGGAUUAUCUAAUGCAACUGGGAGAGAAGAGGAACCUGGAUACGCGUCACCUCUUGGCCCACACCAUGGUCUUUCUCCUGGAUGGCCUCGAAACGGUGGCUGGUGUAAUAUCACAUAUGCUUUUGUCCCUGGGACGCAAUGAGGUUGUGCAGGAGCGCCUGAGAGAGGAGAUUCUAGCUCACAUGAAGGAUGGACACAUACCUUUCGAGAAGCUAAACGAUUUGCCAUACCUGGAUGCUUGCCUAAAUGAAUCUAUACGCUUAUUCCCACCUGGCUUUAUGACCUCCAAACUCUGCACUGAGCCCAUAGAGCUGCCCAACAAGGAUGGCCCCAAAUUCACUGUGGAAAAAGGAACUGUCCUGGUGAUACCCCACUACUGCCACAUGAUGGACGAAGAGUACUUCCCGGAUCCGUUUGCCUAUAAUCCUGAUCGUUUCAUGGAUCCGGAUGCCGCUAAAAAAUUCCGCGAAAGUGGUGUGUUCAUGGCCUUCGGCGAUGGUCCUCGCAUGUGCUUAGGUAUGCGAUUUGCCACAGCUCAAGUUAAGGCCUGUAUUGUGGAGCUUAUAAGCAAGUUCAAUGUCAAAGUUAACUCCAAGACCCGCAAGGAUAACCUGUUUGAUCCCGCUUUAAUAGUCGCCCAUCUAAGCGGUGGUGUUUGGUUGGAUAUAGAGGCCCGUCAAUAACUACUCUAAAAGCAUUUGUCACCACACCCUGAAGGCAGAACCAAUUAGAUGGAGUGCCUUUAUCAGAGGAGGUCAGGGUUGGCUCUAUGAAUGUAUAUAUCAAAGAUAGAUAUAUAUAUAAAUGAUUGAAUU